AUGCUUAUGACCAAGCGAGUAGCCCAAGCUGCUUCGGUACCAGAAUUCGAACAGAUCUCUCUGGGAGCUGAACUUGAUUAUUUGCUACAGCGACACUCCAAGGAGCGUCGUGAGGCCGACCUCAUAGGAUGCAGUCGCCAAAGAUGUUCAGCGUCAUCAAAGCCUAUCCAUCCAUUCAAACAGACUGGCCCAACUGCGAGGACUGUAAUGUGCAUUUCACUAGAUGGUCAACAAAGCGGCCACACUACUCAUUCUUCACCAUCUACACACUUGACUCAGGUAGGACUAGAGGCAAUAAAAUAA